CCAGAGCGUAGCCAUCCGGAUGGUAGAUCUCAACUUUGCGAAGACAUCGAAGGUGUAUGGCUAAGCUGGUUUGAGUGAGUGUUGACCUAGAAGGAACAUGAUCGGCAUUCGCUUGGGGGCCGCGCAUCCUACACGCGGCGCCAUCGUUACAAGAUGGCACUGCACUUCCGCACUCGGGUUCUCAUUCUGAUUCUCAUUCUCAUUCUCAAGUGCACUACGCACUUUCACUCCCACCCUCUCCGCCCUCGUUUAGCAGCGACCUCAAACACGAGGGAGCAGCGACUGCGUCGGCACGAGUCUACGAAUCGCUUCUCCGUAUUUUCAUUCAGAUUCACACUUCGCUUCUCUUUCGUUUCUCUUUCGCUUCGCUCAUGCACCUACUUAUUAUUUCAGUCCCUUACUCCCCCGAUGCUCACAGCCAGUCUGCUGAUCCCUAUGCUAUAUUCUCACGAACUCUUCUAUUUUUGCCGCAUGGGUGAUCUCAUAAAGUAGAUAGCAUUCUGGCUUGUGGGCUAGUCGGGAGUACUGGCGACCGCAGGCAAAGCCAAUUCCCCUCACACUAGUGCUCCUUCAUUACUAGACUUGAGCGCCCGGCAGCGCUCCUCCCGCUAGAGUCCUCCACUCUCUACACGCGCUCCCUCUGUCCUGGCGUGCUUCCGCUUCCCCGGCUCCUUCUCCGCCCGGCAACCGUCUGGGGGAGUUGGUCGGCGGGACAGGAGUCGGCGCUGACAUUGAAAAGAAAUGGCUCGACCUCGAAACCAUUUGCCCGCAAGUUUACUUUUCUUCUGUUAAGUUUGGCCUGCUUUGAGCGAAAGUUGAAACUUUCGAACUUGAAACUUUUUUAAUUCAUUGUCUCUGGAUCAAAUUAAAAGUAUUGGACUUGGAAGUUUUUAAGAUUUAUUAUCUUCCUUCGAUAAAAUCAAAAAUUUAGGAUGCAAAGUUUCAAACUCAAAACUUAGAAAACAUCGACGCUGCAGAUUGGUGCGAUUGGAGGCAAAACGUGCGCCGUCGGUGACAUUCAUCGGGGGCAUGAUGAUCUUUUGCGGCGUAUUUGCAACGAAAUUUUUUUGAAGUUUCUGCUCGUUGAUAAAGUCGAAAAUUGUGAGUGUUAAGUAUAUUUAUAAAUUUCAAAAGUUGCAAACUUGGAGUCGCAGAAUCCGUAUAUUUUUGUUUAUCGCCUAGAAUUACGCUUAAAGCUUCUAGCUGCUUAAAUGUUUACCAUGCCAUCCAUGGGCCAUGAUGGCUCGUGCGUUCAUGGGCUCAUGAGUUAGCUCGUGAGCCCAUAAGUGCAGAAGUUCUUAAGUUCGUAAGUUCAUGGGUUCACGUGUUUGUUGUUGCAGUGUUUUUGGUUCAAGUGUUUUCGGUGCAAGUGCUUUUGUUUCGGGUGUUUUUGGGUCAAGUGUUUUCGCUUCAAGUGUUUCUGGUUCCAGUGUUCUUGGUUCGAGUGUGGUUGGUUCGGAAGGUGGAAGGGAUAGGGACGCUGUUGAUCUUUGUUUAGCUCUUUAAUAUUCUCUCGGUCAAGUUAAAUGAUGAGAAAAAGCGUCUGUCUUUGAUCACGGAAUUGAGAAAUUUUCAGAAUCAUACAUAGGUAUGCUGGGAAAAUUGAGCGAAAUCCACAGUGUGAAGAAGAAGGUUUGGCUGGUUUUGGCGGGUGCUUCAGGCAAGCGCAUAUUUAAUGUUCUCAGGUUUUUGAUAAAGGGACUGUCAACGAGGAAAUGCUCUCAAUAAUGAAUAUUCAACGACCACCGACAUGAUGGAUUGCUUUUGAUUCUCGAGUGCUUUUCUAAGUUAGACGGGAUGCGACAGAAGCAUGACGGGUGUCGCUACGAAAGCUUCAGCGUGGGACCAAGCUCUGGAUCAAAAGACAAGGGAGGCGCGUCCCUGGUCGACAGAGAAAGUAGCUCUUUUUGUAUCCCUUGCUGAAAGCGAUCGGUCAGAAAGACAGAAACGGGAGAAGCUCAAAAAACAAUACGACGAAAUGCUGGCAGAGCAGGCCAGAAAUUUGGCGCAGGAGCAAGAAGACAAAG